AUGAGGUUGCUACAGCAGGCGAAGACGGAGGUGGAGCAGAGCCUGGAGGCAAUGACGUCGGAGCGCGAUGAGCUGCAGGAGAAUUUGUUGUCAUUGAAAAAGGAUUACGACUUUGUUGUUACAUCGUGUGCAAGGUUGCGUGUGGAUAUGUCAUUAGCUGAUUUGGAACAUCAGGACGAGUUGGCAAGGCUUCGAAUUGACAAUGAUGCUUUUGCUGCCGAGUUACGUAGGGCUCUUGGGAAAUUGAAUGCAUCGGAGGUGCGGCUGAAGUACUUGCGUUCAUUAUGUAAGUCGGCGGGAUUGGGUGGCUCGGCGGAGAGUGGCGAGGACUAUCAAGUUACCCGUUCCGUGCUGGCGAUGAGAAAGACUUGA